AUGGCCGAUAGUCUCAUGGAGGUGUACUGGGAAUAUGUCUUCCCGUUAUAUCCAUUUUUUAUCCCCGGUGAGAUGAAAACUGAGUAUAUGAAAAUAUGGACUGGUGAUUCUCUGGAAUAUGAUGAAAGCAUGCUAAUGUGUACGUUGAAUGUCAUCUUCGCCUUGGCAAGCCAGUUGGCCGAUUUUGUCCCGCCAAAGGAGCGAGAAGCAUCAGCAGAUGCUUUUUUCUCUCGGGCGAAAGGCCUGUUCCAAUUCAACCUCUGGGAUACUGGAUCUGCAGGCUUGAUUCAAUGCUUACUUCUCAUGGCUCAGUAUCUGCAAAGUACCGAUUCUGCACAUCAAUGUUGGAUUGUGACCGGACUCGCGAUCCGUAAUGCUCAAAGUUUGGGGCUCCAUCUUCCCCAGAACAUUGCCCGCCUUCGGAGUUUCCAAGAGCAACAACUGGCCCGCAAAAUAUGGCACGGUUGUAUUCUAAUGGAUCGGGUCAUAUCUAUGACAUUUGGUCGCCCGGCGAUGAUCUCAAAGGCUUCCAGUGGGGCAGUUCCCCUGCCGGCCGCCGUUGACGAUGAAUAUAUCCCAUCUGGGUCUAGCAAAGAGGUCUCCCAGCCUCCUGAUCGGCCCUCAAUGAUGGCGUUUUACGCUAAGUCAUUAGAACUUUACGAGAUCAUGAACGAUGUGCUUCUUAGCCUUUACAAACCCAUUUCCGACGAUAAUGCCGAAGAUAUGCAUGACUUUUAUUUCGAUAAUGUUGCAAGCGAGGGAGAACGGACUAUCUUCGAGCUCGACCGCUCCCUCAGUCGAUGGACACGAAGCCUUCUCCCACACCUGCGUUGGGAUUCCUCAACGGUAUCCACAAGUGCUAUAUUUUACCGGCAAAGCAUUGUCUUGCGUGCGAGAUUUCUACAUGUGCGGAUGCUUUUGUUUCGGCCAACUCUCUCUAAAUACUGUGCUAUUCGAGAUAAUGCCGCAACAGACCCCUUGGUCUCGACGAAUGAAUCAUUCCCCCAUCGUGUCGCGCUACAGUGCUCUAUCAUAUGCGUCAAAGCUGCCCAAGAGUCUAUUGAACUAAUCAAGAAUAAUGUCCCUGCUGAUGGGACCGGUGGGCCCCUGCCGGCUUGGUGGUAUAACAUUCUUUAUGUUUAUACCUCUGCAACUGUCUUAGUCGCUAGCCGUUUAUGCUCUACGAUCCUUGCCGAGGUCACAGAAAGCUCCAUCGCGGAGUCUUGGAACUAUGCACUAGAAGUUCUUCGAAAAUACCAAAAUUAUAGCACAUCCGCUCGUCGCUGUGUAGCAGCCCUUGAAAUUCUUUAUGGACAAGUUGCCUCUGAAGGUCUGGUGCCAACCAACCACAUACCGAGUCAUGAGAUAAGGGCUAGUGCAAGUGCACUGAAUGACAUGUCCUUCGGCGAAGGAAUAAAUUCUGCUAUCAUGGAUAGCUUUGAAUUUCCUGAUUUUCAAGAUAUGUCAUGGUUGAACAGUGUUCCGAGCAACCUUUUCUAG